CUAAAUCAUUUUCCCUUUGAAAAUCUUCUCUUCCAAGACACCUUCAUGGCUUCUAUAAAUAAAUAAAUACGCGCCCCCCAUGAAAUUCAACUUUUCUCGUUCUCCAGAAAAUAUCCAGGUGGACGCGUCUCAAGCGGUUUCCUACCUCUUGCCAAUACACCAGUUUUCUCGCUGCCCAGUCUUCACAAGACGAUUUGUUUUGGGAUUUAUUUCUGUAUGUACAUACUACACAGAAUUCCUCUCCGUUCAUUCAAUUUGUCUAUGUGAUUGAUUCUAGUUCUUCGUUAUGCACACAAUCACUUUGAUGAACAUGAAGCCCUUCUGUAGAACCCUCAUCAACCGGUACCGCAAUUCGGCUAUUUUCGGCUUCCCAUCUCUGAAUACCCAUAAUUCAAUUACCACUGGUGCAUCAAAAUUUAACUUGGGUUUGGAGUUUUUGGACCAUAAUCGUAGAAUUCAUAGCUACACCCCUCUGUUCUUGGGCUUUCCUCGUGUUGUUGAUAGAACCCAGAAACCAUUUUGUGCCCCAACUUCUAGUUGGGCACAACCCAGGGUUUUCUCUAGAACAUGUAAUGGUGAUGGUGCCUGUAGAGGUGUAAAUGUAAUUGCUAGGGUUGCAUUGAAUUGUAGGAGUUAUUCAACCUCUGUUGAGCCCCGAUUGAAUGAAAACAAUUUCGAGAGGAUAUACGCUCAGGGUGGCAUGAAUGUGAAGCCUUUAGUAGUCGAGAGAAUUGAUAGAGAUGAAAACAUAGGGAGAAAUGAAGAAUCUAGGGUUGAAGAAGGUGUUGAGGAUGUAAGUAAUGAGAAUUUGAAGGGUUUGAAAGAGGUUGAGGUGGUAAAAGCCGGUAAGGAAGAGUCGGAUAUUGAGAGGGAGGGAUGGAGGAUAUUGCGGAAGGCGGUUGUGACAUAUUGUGGGAACCCAGUUGGGACAGUGGCGGCGAAUGACCCGGCUGACAAGCUACCACUCAACUAUGAUCAGGUUUUCAUUCGUGAUUUUGUUCCGUCUGCCCUUGCUUUCUUGCUCAAGGGGGAAGCAGAGAUUGUGAGGAACUUUCUCCUCCAUACCUUACAAUUGCAGAGUUGGGAGAAAACAGUGGACUGCUACAGCCCAGGGCAAGGAUUGAUGCCAGCAAGUUUUAAAGUUAGAACUGUGCCUCUUGAUGAAAAUAAGUAUGAAGAAGUCUUAGACCCAGAUUUCGGCGAGUCAGCCAUUGGACGUGUUGCACCGGUGGACUCUGGGUUGUGGUGGAUUAUAUUAUUGCGUGCUUAUGGGAAGGUCACUGGUGAUUACACUCUACAAGAAAGGGUGGAUGUCCAGACAGGCAUAAAACUGAUUUUGAACUUGUGUCUGUCUGAUGGGUUUGAUAUGUUUCCUUCGCUGUUGGUCACUGAUGGCUCCUGCAUGAUAGACCGACGAAUGGGCAUUCAUGGUCACCCCCUUGAGAUUCAAGCUUUAUUCUACUCAGCUUUACGGUGUUCGCGAGAGAUGCUCUCUGUAGAUGACAUAUCCAAGAAUUUGGUGAGGGCUAUAAACAAUAGACUGAGUGCAUUGUCAUUUCACAUCAGAGAAUAUUAUUGGGUUGACAUGAAAAAGAUCAAUGAGAUAUACAGAUAUAAAACUGAGGAAUAUUCCACAGAUGCCACUAACAAGUUCAAUAUUUACCCUGACCAAAUCCCUCAUUGGCUGGUGGAUUGGAUUCCAGAGAAGGGCGGUUAUCUGAUUGGCAAUCUACAGCCAGCUCACAUGGAUUUUAGGUUCUUCACGCUUGGAAAUCUCUGGUCCAUUGUUUCAUCUCUGGGUACUCCUAAACAAAAUGAGGCUACUCUGAAUUUGAUUGAAGCCAAAUGGGAUGAUCUUAUGGGCCAUAUGCCUCUUAAGAUAUGUUACCCUGCUUUGGACUAUGAAGAGUGGCAUAUAAUCACAGGCAGUGACCCAAAGAAUACGCCUUGGUCUUAUCACAAUGGAGGAUCUUGGCCAACCCUUUUAUGGCAGUUCACAUUAGCAUGCAUGAAGAUGGGCAGACCUGAACUAGCUAGGAAGGCACUUGAUUUGGCUGAAAAGAGGCUUUCGAAGGACCACUGGCCUGAAUAUUACGACACAAGAAAUGGAAAAUUCAUUGGAAAGCAAGCUCGACUUUACCAAACAUGGUCAGUUGCUGGGUUUUUGACUUCUAAAAUGCUCUUGGAAAAUCCAGAGAUGGCUUCCCUCUUAUUCUGGGAUGAAGACUAUGAACUUCUUGAGGUUUGUGUCUGUGGUCUUCGCAAAUCUGGCCGGAACAAAUGCUCACGAGGCGCUGCAAAGUCUCAUAUUCUUUUUUAAAAGCCUUCUGUACCUAUAUAGGUGGUACUUGACCAUAGUGAAAUGUAGAUUUCCAAUACUAAAUUUACUGGUAGAAAAUGUGACAUUAAAUUUUGAUUUUUUCCCCCAUGUUUCUCUGUACAAUAUUCAUUGUACUGCUGUCAGAUGAAUUACACAAGUUGAUCGGUGUUGGAUGUUUGUAUAACGGUUAUCUGAGAGCCAAAAACAUAGUACCUUGUCUCCUUGGUCAUCUGUAAGUAGAAAAUCAGUAUAGUACUGUAGAUGUACGUUAUAUUUUCUUGAAAUCUGCAACAAAAUGUUCUUCAA